AUGCGUGGUGGGCGGGUUAAACAAGUUAGAUUCGCCGUCGAGCGUUGCGCGCGCUUCUUCACGUCGCCCACACUUGCUCGGGUCACGCUAUCUUCCCGUAGUCACCCGCGCUUCCUUUCCUCGCUUGCGCUCCCCACCGUCCCGCGCUUCCCUUCCUCGCUUGCGCUCCCCACCGUCCCGCGCUUCCCUACGUCGCCCGCGCUGCCCCUCGUCACACCCGCUUCCUUACUCAACACUCGCUUCCCCUCGUCGCGUGUUCUAGAAAGCGACCCACAGCGUCGGAAAAAGGGGAAGGACAAGGGGGAGAGGGGGGAGGACAGAAGGGGAGACACAGAGGGGGAAGGACAAAGGGGGAGAGACACAGGGGAAGGACGGAGGGGGAGGAACAGAGGGGGAGGGGUAGAGAGUGAGAGACAGAGGGUGAAGGGCAGAGGGGGAGAGACAGAAGGGGAAGGAAGGAGGGGGAGGAACAGAGGGGGAGGGGCAGAGAGUGAGAGACAGAGGCUCUGUUUACCCCCCAAUCUAUUCUCCUUUGCCUCACCUGCUUCUCCCCUCCCUCCUCCCUGCUUCCCCCCUCCCUCCACCCUGCUCCCCCCCUCCCUCCUCCCUGCUUCCCCCCAUCCCCUCCCUGCUUCCUCCCAGCAGCAGUUCCGCUCUUUCCCGCUGCUGAAGUGCCGCUUUGUCCCACCCGACAAGCCUCUUUUGUUGCGCCCUGCUUUCCGCCCGCCCCCUUCCCCUGAUCCUCUCUCCCCCGGGCACCUGCACCACCCGCUAGAACCUUCCCCCCGCCAUGGCCUUCCCCCUUCGCCUGCGCCUGACCCCCUCCCGUUGCUCCACCUGCUCCCUUCCCUCUUCCCGUGCCUCCUUCCGCGCCCCGCGUUUGCCCCUGCGCUCCCCGCCUUCCUUCCCCCCAUCCCCCUCCCUGCUUCCCCCCAUCCCCUUCCCUGCUUCCCCCCAUCCCCUUCCCUGCUUCCCCACAUCCCCUUCCCUGCUUCCCCCCAUCCCCCUCCCUGCUUCCCCCCAUCCCCCUCCCUGCUUUCCCCCAUAAUCUCCCUCUCCAUGUGUCCUUCCACUCCCUAUCGCUGGCAGUUCCCACCGUCGCUCCUAUUUCCCAUGCUCGUCACCCUCGCUCGUUGGGAAAAUGCACGUCGCAAGUGCGGGCGCUGCGUGUUGGCCAGCCUUUCUCAUUCUGUUCCGCCCGCCCUCUCCCAUUCCGUUCUGCCACCAUCUCUCAUUCCUUCCCACCUUCCCUCAUUCCUUCCCACCCUCUCUCAUUCCUUCCCACCCUCUCUCAUUCCUUCCCUCAUUCUCUCAUUCCUUACCACCCUGACACAUUUCUUCCCACCCUCUCUCUUUCCUUCCCACCCUCUCUCAUUCCUUCCCUCAUUCUCUCAUUCCUCCCCACCCUGA